GUACACUUUGCUACAACCUAAUUAAGUUCAAAAAACCUUCUCAAACUCCAUACUAAGUAAACACCCAACAACCAAGAAAUCAUCAGAUCAGAUCUAAAUAACAUAAUGACGCUGAAGAGAAGUAGAGAAGAAGUAGCAGCGGGGGCGGAGGCGAUGGCCAUGGCGAAUUGUCUGGAGUUGCUCUCCCGUCCGGCAGGCGGCGGCGGCGGCGAGAAAACGCCGCCGUCAGAAUGGGAAUUCGAGUGCAAGACCUGCCAAAAGAAGUUCAAGUCUUUCCAGGCUCUGGGCGGCCACCGGGCCAGCCACAAGCGCCCCAAAAUCGACAACAAUAAUGUAGUGAAUAUCAAGAAACGACACGAAUGUCCGGUCUGCGGCUUGGAAUUCGGCCUCGGCCAGGCCUUGGGCGUUCACAUGAGAAAACAUCGCUCCGACCAAUCACAUAGUGACGACAAGAAAUCCAAAUCCCCAGAUUUGUUAACAGUGACGACGGUGAAGAACGAGGAGCACAGCGCUGAUGAUGGGAUUAAGAAGAAGGAGAAGCAGCAAGUUUUGUUUGACUUGAAUUUUACGCUUCUAGAGAAUGAUUCCAUUGUACAUAGGAGAUUAGUUCCUAUAACUUUGGAUUUGUUUGUUUAAUUUUGUAGUUAGUACUAUGAUUCAGAGUUGUAAAUUCAUUAGAUUAUUUGUUGAUUGAAUUCAUCUCAUUUUUGCUCAUCAGUAUACAUAUAUGGAAUGAAAUUAGUUAUGUA